AUGUGUACUUGUUUGUGUAAUACUUUCUCUCACUACCUCCCGGUUGAUUUCUCUCUCCACGUGCCAAAUGCCGCCAGAAGACACCUGCUCAGCUAUACAAAUCUAUCUAUCUAUCUAUCACAUUAUGUAUAUAUGUAUGUACGUAUGUAUGAAUCUAACUAUCCAUCACAAUCUAUUUCUUUCUUUCUAUCUAUCCAUCUAUCUAUUACAAUCUGUAUGUAUGUAUAUCCUUAUAUAUGGAUCUAUCUAUCAAUCACAGUCUGUUUCUAUCUAUCUAUCUAUCUAUCUAUCUAUCUAUCUAUCUAUCUACUUUCAGCAUCAGCUGAAAUCUGUUUCUAUCUAUCUAUCUAUCUAUCUAUCUAUCUAUCUAUCUAUCAGAGUCUGUACGUAUGUAUGUGUCUAUCUAUCUAUCUAUCUAUCUAUCUCGAUGGCUAUCUAUCUAUCUAUCUAUCUAUCUAUCUAUCUAUCUAUCACAGUCUGUUUCUAUCUAUCUAUCUAUCUAUCUAUCUAUCUAUCUAUCUAAUAAUGUUAAUCUCUCCCUUUCUAUCUAAUAAUGUUUAUCUUUCUCUCUCUAUGUAUCUAAUAAUGUUCAUCUCUCUCUAUCUAAUAAUGUCAUCUCUCUAUAUCUAUCUAAUAAUGUUCACCUAUCUAUCUAUCUAUCUAUCUAUCUAUCUAUCUAUCUAUCUAUCUAUCUAUGACAGUCUGUUUCUAUCUAUCUAUCUAUCUAUCUAUCUAUCUAUCAGAGUCUGUACGUAUGUAUGUGUCUAUCUAUCUAUCUAUCUAUCUAUCUAUCUAUCUCGAUGGCUAUCUAUCUAUCUAUCUAUCUAUCUAUCUAUCUAUCUAUCUAUCUAUCUAUCUAUCUAUCACAGUCUGUUUCUAUCUAUCUAUCUAUCUAUCUAUCUAUCUAUCUAUCUAUCUAUCUAUCUAUCUAUCUAUCUAUCUAUCUAUCUAUCUAUCUAA